CAUCACAUGAGUCUGUCAUCACCAGUUCCAUCGGUAACCUUUUUAGGCAUUGCGUACCGCGACUCGAAGCAACAGGAGGAACGUAUCACUGCGCGAAUACUUUACAGUGCAACUACUCUCCUGAUAAGUGCGAGCAAUGAAUUGAAGGCCUUUCCAGAGGACAGGUCAGGACAUUUACAGCUCUUUUUAUAGGCAGACUAAGUGCUCCAUGGCGUCUAUUGACUGUCAUGGCCAAAAAUAGAACAGCAGAAUGAACGAACGAACGAACCAACAGUUGAUGAACCCCGAUAAAUUGAAAAGGACAAAGACUCUUGAUUGCCAAAGCGUAAGUUAUCCGUAGGCCUUCGAAUCAUGUAGAAGUACUUAGCCACGACGCCAAUUCAGGCUCAGCACGUCAACGCAACCACAGCCCAUCUGAAGCCCGCCCCGAACCCCCCGGUGGCCUCGUCACCCAGCAGCGCCCCAAAACCAGCUCCGCCCUAGGUUCACCUGCAACCUGGUCACUCACUACUUGUUUCGCCUGGACCAGCGCAACGUCUCACAAUCAACUUCCCUCUUCCAACCUCUCGCUACGCCAACCUCCUCCUUUCGACUAUCACAACGACACGACACGACAGCCCCGUAAUCGCGAACUUGUUCUCCUGCAACAUCAAACUUUUCGCGCUAUUCCGACCGAUACCCUUUUGUUAUUUUCUAGCGACUCAAACAUCUCCAAACCACAGCCAAAAUGCCUGAGCAGGAAGCCCCUUACGACCCCUAUAUCCCCAGCGGCCAGGCUGGAGCCCAACAACAGGGCGCUGGCGGCAAUGCCAGAACGCAGGCGCUACAAGCUCAAAUUGAUGAUACCGUGGGUGUGAUGCGUGACAACAUCAACAAGGUUUCUCAACGUGGUGAGCGCCUCGAUGCUCUUCAGGAUAAGACCGACAACUUGGCCGUCUCGGCACAAGGUUUCCGUCGAGGAGCCAACAGAGUCCGCAAGCAGAUGUGGUGGAAGGAUAUGAAGAUGCGAAUGUGUCUGAUUAUCGGUAUCAUCAUUCUGCUGGUCAUCAUCAUCGUCCCCUCUGUUGUGGCUACUCGUUAGUAGCCCAAUCAUCUGUUUGGGUACUACUUGGUCCUUACGAUACACACGCUGGGACAUGACGACAUCGAAUAUCGCAAGCUACGACCAUGGGAAAUGGAACUUUUGGGCAACUGGCCAUUAUUGCAAUGGAAUAUGAUUUGAGCACGAUGGAGUUUGUUCACGUUGGGUCCCGGUCAAUGUUAUGCUGGCAGUUUUUGCUCCUGGGGUGACUUACUACUGAUGACGAGGUCUCAGUAUCGCUCCUGGAACUUCAGACCGGGCUGGAUGUUUGAGAUUAGGCGUUCCCCGAUUAAUUGAGAUGUAUACCUUUCCGCGGAUCUUUGUCAUCAGACCCGGCUCCUCGUGUUGCGUCAUUGGUGGCAACGAAGCGGCAGUCCGCUUGCCAGACCGAAGAUAGGAAUGGCAAGUGAGAGUCCAUGAUUUCUGAGAGCAGAGGAUCGUGAUCAGCUGUCUAAUUCUUGCAGAAUCCCUUCUUGUUAGUCCAUUUCUUUAAUAGGAGAUUUCUAUCACAUGACGAAAGCUCCAGUUUCAUAGCAACCCAGGGUGAUUAAAAUAAAACUUUCCUGAGACGUGGGCAGCCGGUAUUUGGAUGAACUAGACCAUGCCUUAAACAAUAGUUGCUCCGAAAGUGGAACUUCUCUGUACACAUGGCAUCCUGUCCGUUGAAGAUGAACGAAAGAGAUCCCUUACAGGCUCAAGAUUUGACGUACCAGAACCAUGGGUCCUCUGUUGGCGUCAUUUGGUAGUGGGCUUCUUCUGUAAGUGCAUGGGUAUUGUGGGUAGGAGUAGAUUGAUAACGCCGACUGAUUGAUAAUGCCUCAUCACCAUCUGAGCUUUUUUUUUCUUGCAUCAGGGAAUGUAGCCGUGUUUGGUUACUGGACCUCGGUGGGUUUGCCUUGGUAAAAAGUUCUGCAGCGGAUGAACGGGGGCGUUUUCACUAUUGCUGCUUCACUGUAGAUAUUUGAACGCAACAAUGAACGAACGAUACCAAUAUUAAGUCAAAGACUGAUUCUCGCCCAUAGUUACAGGCCAUAGACGAGACCGCCUGAACAUGGUAUUUUUCAUGAUGGAGCU